UUAUCCUGUGUUGCCACAGGUGACUAUUAAUCGAAAAAAAAUAUUUCAUUAUUUUUCAAGCAGCUUUUUCCAUCCAUAUUGCAAAAGAGAAAGGAUAAAAAUAUAAUCACGAAUAGCUUGAAAGAAGUGUCGACAAAAACAUUCCGAAUUCGAUCGAUCUGGUGAAUCAAUCUUUUGACAACAUUUUCAGAUUGAAAUAAGAUAUUCAAUAUUUGAAGCAUAACAACACUCGCUAGUUGUCGUUGAAUGAGAAUGCGACAGUUUGUCAUUUGCAGUUUGAGUCUGUUGGUUUUCCUAACCAGCAGCUGUGAAGGAAACGAGGCUGAUGACAACGAAAUAGAAGGUAAAAGGGAACAUAUUUGCAGGGAGAAAGAGAAAUGUCUUGCUUUAAUAGACAUUGCAGAUGAUUUAGUUUCCAAAACGAAAGUCCUUUGCUCUAAGUCGGAUGGCUCGCCCGAUUGCGUGAAAAGAGAAAAAUCUUCAACUUAUAUGGAUUUUACGAAGAGGCUUCUAAAAGAAGUUAAAGAAAAUUUCCCUUCUUGUAAAACUUUCGAAUGUGGCGACAGACCGCGAGACUGUUCUGAAGUUCUUGCGAACGGACAUAAGAAAAAUGGCAUCUACAGUAUAUACCCAACGAGUCGUUUUGUACCGGAGAGAACUCUCACUGUAUAUUGCGACAUGGAGACGGAUGGUGGUGGAUGGACGGUGAUUCAAAGGAGGGGUAAUUUCAUCCCUCAGCAAGACUUUUAUCUGUAUUGGAAAGAUUUCAAAAAUGGUUUCGGCGAUGUUAAGCGAGAUUUCUGGUUAGGUAAUGACAACAUCUACGCACUGAGCAAUCAAGGUCCAGUGGAGAUUCGCAUUGAACUGGAGGAUGCCAGGGGAAAUCGUCGCUAUGCUGUUUAUAAACACUUUCGAUUGGAGGACGAAGAGCAUAAAUACAAAUUGUGGAUUAGUAAUUACACAGGAGAUGCAGGCGACGGCAUGUCAGCUCACAGUGGUAAAAGAUUUUCCACCAAGGAUGAAGGCAAAGCGAGUGCAGUGACAGCGUUGAAGGGUGCCUGGUGGAUUAACGUAGACUGGGCUCAUUCUCAUCUGAACGGACUCUACUUACCGGGACAGGACGAUCCGAAGAGCAUUCACUGGUACGAGUGGCUUCAAAAUGAAGGAUUGGCAUUCACAGAAAUGAAAAUUAGGUUGAGGUGAAAUCGUGUGGAAUGAAGUCAAUAUUUCAUAGAAUUGUAGUUAGUAUUGUUUUUAAAACUGUAAUGCAGAAAAUGUAGUAAAACAUGAAAAAUUUGAUGCUGGAUGAUAUUUUCUUCUCUUGUUUGAAUAAAAAUAAAUACAAUUUA